AGUUAUGUUCUCACAGUGUGUGUCUUUCACUAGCAAAGCAGUGACCUUCUCCUGCCUAUCAUGUUAUUAGUCAUUUAAAAGUGCUGCGUUCCACGACAAUCAAGUCGACAAUUCAGAGAAUUCGAGUGCAUUUACUAACACGGCUUCUGAGAACUACUAAAACUGAUGCACUUCCACCUCAGUCAAACCGGAGGUGAAAAUUACCAAGAAACCAAGCCGGGGGGGGGGCUUAUUUGAUGUGUUUUUUGUAAAAUUAAAAAUCAACUAAUUUAUUUGGAGAUAAAUGUUUUCCCACAUCAAGAAAAGAGUUUAAGGGAUUUUGAUCAUGUGAGGGAUCUGUCUCUUCAUAAGUAAUCUGAGAUUCAAUGAAAUGUGUUGUUUGAAAAUUCCAAUAGAAGUCUAUGUCUUAAAGGAACAGUUUGGGAAAUUAGCUGCCAAAAUGUUUGCUGUUUUUUUCAUUGUGUUGCAAAAGUUUUGAUUUUACUGCUUGACUGUCAUGAAACUUGCACAUGGCGUGCUUGUAUUUCAGAUGCGAAUCAAAUUUGAAUGAAACUUGGCAUAUGGAGAGUCUUGUGUUUGCAUAAGUAAUGAGAUGCUAAAUUGCAUAAAUAAAAUACACAAUUUCCCAUUAUAGUGAGAAGUGGUUCAAGACCACAAAAAAGUGUGAAGAGGCACACCAGCCUGUGCUUUUUUUUUAAACAUAGACACUAGUUUUAAUGGGACUCAACUAUCCCAUGUUAGACUCACUUACCCUCAUACAUGCAUGAAAAGAUACAGGAUGUAACAUUUUCUGGUGAAUUGAUGCCGUUUUCCCAUACAAAUGCUGCUGAGGGGCUUGGCUUCCAGCCUAAAUAAUGAAACUCCAUUACAAUAACACACUGUUUGGGUUGGAAUAUGCACUUUUCAUUAGCAGUGAGGCAGGCAGUAUCAAUCUGACACUUUCAUUUGAAGUAUUUGAAUCUCACAACACACAUUUUGUGGUAUUUUAAUGGAAAGGGCUUAAGAACAUUGAUGAAAGAAAAACAAUAGUUUUUUUCCCCAAUCAGACAGAUUUGGACCAUUCAAAGAUGUGCAGCCAAAUACACACAUUUAAAAAAUAAACUUACAUUUUGAUCCUUCAUAAUUUUAUUUGCCUUUAAUCUGUGCUCCAAAGCUGGAUGCUAUCACCACUGAAACUGACAUACAAUCACCCCUUUACUUUUAAUCUCCAGCAUGAGAUCAAGACCAUAACCUGUUUAUGAAGCUGACACAUGAUCGGUGACAGUGCAUUCCCACCCCCACCUGCAGUAGGUUUUCCAUGCAGCCUCUCCGAGCAGCAUCACUGUCUUUCAGGACGUGCAUGGAUGUAACUUGAGUAAUAUGUGGGCUCCUCAGACACCAUGUGACGAUGCUUUGAAGAGCAGGUUUUCUUUGCAAUUCAAUUACACAGAGUGCAACUAGGUUUGCGAAGUAAUUUCUGAAGGAAACGGCCCAUUUUUACAUUUGAGGUUCUGCCCUGCUGAGGCGCUCCCUUUUUAUAAUGCAGCCCACAGGCAGCCGUGGAGCUUUUGUUUGACUAGGGAGAACACUGCACCUCAUUGCCAAAUAUUGAUGCAGGUUCAUUAGCCCAAUAUUCCCUCAACCCAUAGACCAGCUCUCACCCUUGACUUUGAGAUCAAACAUUUGCAGAUCAGUAUCGUCAGAUCUCAGGAUUUUUCUCUUUGUGUGCACAAGGGGUUGCUGUAAGCACAUGUUUCAUUUUAGGCUAUCUGAAGCUGUGCAGGCUACAACCUUCUCUUUCCCAGUGUGAGCGCUUUUUCAAAUCAUGGAGCGUGUAAACAAUGAGAAGAAAACAAGCAGAUAAUGAGAGGUAUCUCCGUCUUAGCAUGAUUCUUUCCGCUGCUACCUGCUGACUGCCAAGUUUGUUUGAAAACCCAUUCAUCCAAAUGUUGACGCCUUUUUGGCUUACAAGAUCUCAGUCACAUUUGUCCACAUGAACUGUCAACAUCACAAUCAGGCUGGUGGAAUGAUGAAGCUAUCAGGAUGGCACAGAAAUCGCUUCCAGAAGUCCCAAUUAUCCAUGUCACUGUUGAUUCGUGUCACGCAGAAUGGCUGGUAACUAAUGAAGUAGUGGAUCUUGUCACCUUUUUACUUCUAAGGGAUCUUCUUUUCCUGGUGUUUCAGCACUGCAGUUCUCACCAGAACCCAUCUGACUUACACAUGCAAAGUUUGGGAGUGCACAUGUAAAAAAAAAUACGUGAAAGAAAAUUAGAAAAAUACGGGAUCAGUUAUUAUUCAUACUUAAUUCUGAAAACAUCAUUCAUAUUUUACACAGAGUGCAUUCAAAAACAGACAGUACUCUGAAAUCAUUUCUUAGUUUGCUUAAAAGGCAGAGUUAGCGUGAUUACAUAUUUUUGCAAGCUUAUGUUCUUAAAAACGCCCACGCCUUUGAGCAAGGCGUGAGGUAAGGAGAGUGGAGAUGCAGACGGAGAGGGGGGAGGGAUGGAGGAGGGGGGGCUGCGCGAGGAGCAGAGCUGUGCAUCAGCGCACUGGCGCCCAAAUGGGUAAUUGCGCACACGGCGGACUGAACUGUUGCGGUGACUCCAACUGCGACCCAACUCUGAAGGUGCACCUUCGCCGACAUGUCGAGACAGUUUUGCAGAAAACUUGGGUUUGGAAGUGAGCUCAGGAUGCGGACUGAAGCUGCGUGAACUGGGAGCAGUUUAACGCGCUCUUCAUCCAUUUCGGAUUGCUCCUUCUGCUCCACGAUGGGUUCUGUGAUGUUGGACUGGAGGUUAUUCUGCCUUCUUCUGCAUGCAGCUGCCUUGCUGCUGCUCAGCAAGGGGGAGAAGAUGUGCCCUGCAAGCUGUCGCUGCGAAAGGAAGAUUGUUUACUGCGAGUCUCGAAACUUGCUAGAAAUUCCAGUAAACAUCUCCACAGGAUGCCAAGGACUUUCCCUGCGUAAUAACAACCUGAUGGCUCUUUUGCCGUACCAGUUUGCACAUCUCAAUCAGCUGGUUUGGCUUUACCUGGACCACAACUCCAUCAGUUCUAUGGAUGCUUUGGCCUUUCAUGGAGUGCGUCGACUCAAGGAGCUGAUUCUCAAUUCAAAUGAAAUUACCCAUCUGCACAAUAAAACAUUCAGUGCCAUUCCAAACUUGAGGAAUCUGGAUUUAAAUCACAACCAGCUGCAGUCUCUGCAGCCAGGCCAUUUCCACGGUCUACGAAAGCUUCAGAACCUCCACCUUCGCUCUAAUGGACUGAGACAGAUCCUGAUUCGAACAUUUCUGGAGUGCCGCAGCUUGGAGUUUCUUGACUUGGGUUAUAAUCACCUGCGCAGCCUUACCCGCACAACCUUUUUAGGGCUGUUCAGGUUGAGGGAGCUUCACCUGGAGCACAAUCAGUUCUCCAAGAUUAAUUUUUAUGUUUUCCCUCGCCUCACCAACCUGCGGGCUCUUUAUUUGCAAUGGAAUCGCAUACGAUCUGUCAGUCAAGGUGAACCAUGGAUUUGGCAGAAGCUUCAGAAACUGGACCUGUCCGGGAAUGAGAUCCAGAUGUUGGACCCAGCCGUUUUCCAGUGCAUGCCAAACUUGCAAACACUAAAUCUUGAAACAAACAAGUUGAGCAGCGUAUCUGCAGAAACUGUGGCAGCAUGGACUUCCCUGACCACCAUCAGCCUGGCAGGUAACGCCUGGGACUGCAGUCCCAGCAUCUGCCCUCUGAUGGGAUGGCUCAGAACUUUCAGGGACUCAAAAGACAUCAGCAUGAUCUGCAGCAGUCCCAAGUCUGUGCAGGGUGAGAAGGUGGUGGAUGUAGUAAGGAAUUACUCUGUGUGUCUGUUUGAGGAGCUCUCCACUGCAACCAUCAUCAUUCUGAGCACAACCCAAACUGAAGAUGUUACAACUUUUCCAGUUCAGUUUGGAGUUACACACCUGACGCAUACUGUGUCACCCUCAAAGAAAUUUACCCUUUCUCCGGUCCGUCCCACCGAGGCUGACAGAAAGACCUCAGAAUCCACAACUAUGACCUUUCCAUCCGACAUCUCCCUUGAAACCCCCACACUGUUCAUUCCAGAGCUGCAGUUUGAACAUAUGACUUUCCAUAAAAUCAUUGCAGGCAGUGUAGCCCUGUUCCUGUCAGUCUCAUUGAUUCUGCUGGUUAUUUAUGUGUCGUGGAGGCGCUACCCCAACACCAUGAGGCAGCUGCAGCAGCACUCAGUCAACCAUAAACGAAGAAAAAAGGUCCACAAGCAGGAGCAGGACCUUAACUCUCAGCUGCAAGAGUACUAUCUGAGCUACCAUUCAAACUCAGAAGCAAUGGACUCAUUGGUGAAUGAAACCAGGCCAUGCACGUGCACUAUUUCAGGAUCCAUAGAGUGUGAGGUAUAAGCUCAGCUGGCAGAGUCAUAAAGGUUCACUCGCUAAAUGGACACAAAUGUUUUCUCUCUGAUGUUAGAUGACAGAUCGGGUUGAAUUUGUGGAAGUAAUAAAGAAGAACACGAUGACGUGUAUGGAGUGAUAUAUUUGGAGAGAACUAAUUAUGACUGACACGAAGGACUGGGUCAGCAGGGUUCAGCCAAUGCUUCAUCCAAAAACGUCUCCGCUUCAGGAUGUACGUCCGCUCUGUGGAGAGAUGGAAACACAGCCUUUGUCAGGGUGCAUCACCGUGAGACGAAAGGAAAGAGUCUGUUGUUUGACUUCUUUUUUUAAUUUCUUGAGUAAAGCAUUUAAAUGUACAUCUUUUAAAUUAAUGUGUGUGUGUGUCAUCGGGAUGAGUUCAUAAUCCUCUGGUUAAACUAACGUCUGCUUGGAGGAGGGCUGCACCUCCUUCUUUGUCCAGUUGAGUCAUUUUGCAUUUGGCAGACAAGUGCAGCUGCAGCAGCGCCGCUGAAACAUGGAGUCACAAAGUGAGCAUGGUUUGCAUGAAGCCAUCCUUCUUUUGUACUAUCAAAUACAGAAAAUUCUUCAUUCUUCGGAUGAGACAACUUGUGUCCAACAAAAGAAAAACAAAUGAUAUAUA